UUAAUUGAUUUUCUUUAAUUUAAAAUUAUCAAAUCAGAAAAAGUUUUUACUUCAGUUUUAUCCCCGAAAUUAAUGAUUUCGAAACGAGAUAUAAGAUUAUUAUCAGCAUUCUUCACUUUCUUAACGUUAUGGAGUGGACUUUUAAUGUUGAAAUUCGAUACAUAAGAAUCAUCAAGUGGGUAUCAAUCUACUUAAUCAACUUUAAAAGCAUUAGAAGUAAGUGGACAAAUAAUACAAUGUCACGUUACUUUUGCGUUUUAUCUGAAAUAUUUAACCAGGAUUCUUCUUUCAUAAUCUCAAAUCCUUUCCAUGAAAAUACUUAACAAAUUAUUAA